CUUCAACGAGGCGCAUCGCAAAACGCCCCCACUCUUCGUUUUCCCUCUCGUUGGCAUUAUGGCGACUUCAGCGCGUUUUGUAUCGUCUCUGCGACGCAGUGCGCUGUCCGCUCGUGUGGCACCACGAACGCAAUGCUUAAGAUUGGCGCCUCAGGUCCGAAGAAUAACUUCAGCGACAUCGGAACCUCACCAGCCAGAUGCAAAGGGUGGUUUGGACGGACCGGCGCCUGCGAAGACGAUCAAGUUCACUUCAGAGUCUUACCCCGAAAUCAAAAGGGACCCCAAGUUUGCCAAACUCACAGAGGAACACGUGAAGUACUUCAAAGAGUUCUUGGACUCGGAAUCGUCGUGCAUUGAUGGCGUAACUAAAGAUGCGACCGAAGACAUUGAACCCUUCAACAGUGACUGGAUGCGCAAGUUCCGUGGCCACACCCAACUAGUCCUGAAGCCCAGCAACAAGGAAGAGCUUAGCAAGAUCCUGAAGUACUGCAAUGAAAACAUGCUUGCUGUUGUGCCGCAGGGUGGCAACUCUGGUCUUGUUGGCGGCUCCGUACCUGUUUUCGACGAGAUCGUCAUCAACCUGCAGAAGAUGAACAAGAUCCGGUCCUUUGACGAAGUAUCCGGAAUCCUUGUCGCUGAUGCUGGAGUCAUUCUCGAAAAUGCUGACAACUACCUGGCUGAGCGGAACCACAUCUUCCCCCUCGACUUGGGCGCCAAGGGAUCGUGCCAGAUUGGUGGCAACGUUGCAACAAACGCCGGAGGUCUGCGUCUGCUGCGAUACGGCAGUCUCCACGGGAACGUUUUAGGCAUUGAGGCUGUCCUCCCCGACGGCACCAUUGUCAACGAUCUUUGCACCCUGCGCAAGAACAACACCGGAUACGACCUGAAGCAGCUCUUCAUCGGCGCUGAGGGCACCAUCGGCAUCAUCACCGCUGUUUCAAUCCAGUGCGCGGCACGCUCGCAGGCUGUCAAUGUCGCCUACUUUGGUCUUGAGAGCUACGAGAAGGUGCAGGAGGCUUACCGCACAGCCAAGGGCCAGCUGGCUGAGAUUCUGUCUGCCUUCGAGCUGAUGGACGGCCGUACCCAGAAGCUCGUAAACAGGGUCACCGGGAAGAAGAUGCCUCUCGAGGGAGAGUACCCCUUCUACUGCCUGGUCGAGACAAGUGGUUCAAACGCCGACCACGAUGCUGAGAAAUUACAAGCAUUCCUCGAGCACGUCAUGGAGGCUGAAAUCGUCCAAGACGGUACUCUCGCCGACAACCAGACCCAGAUCCAGGAGCUCUGGUCGUGGCGAGAAGGCAUCACCGAGGUCCUCGGCCACGAGGGCGGCGUCUACAAGUACGACCUGUCGAUCCCGAUCUCCGAGCUGUACGACAUCGUCAACGACACCCGCGACCGACUGACUGAAGCCGGUCUUGUUGGCGACGGCCCCGACUUCCCUGUUGUGGACGUCGUUGGCUACGGGCACAUGGGCGAUGCGAACUUGCACUUGAACAUCCCCACUCGGAGGUUCGACAAGGCUGUUGAGAAGAAGCUGGAGCCGUUCGUGUACGAGUGGGUGCAGAAGAGGAACGGCAGUAUCAGUGCCGAGCACGGUCUUGGCGUUACGAAGAAGCCUUACGUCAGCUACAGCAAGAACGAGACGAUGAUGAAGCUGAUGAAGCAGAUCAAGGACGUGUAUGAUCCCAAGGGUAUCAUGAACCCAUACAAGUACAUCUAAGCUUCUGUAUAGCAUUGUAAGAUUAUCCCAC